CAAAUAAUGAAAAAACAAUUAUAGAAGCAUACAAAAGAAUUAAUGAUGAGUCUGAAGCUAUUGCUCAAAAAACUAAUAGUAAAAUUGAUAUGUGUAAAUCUGGAAAUUAUACAUUAACAACUAUAAAAUUUUUUAAAGAAACCACUUUAGCACUCCAAAAAAGUGAAAAAAUAAGUAAACAAGAAAAUACAUGGAUAGAUUUAGCAACAACUGGUGCUCUAAUAUUUGCAGAAAGAUAUGAAGGAGAAGCUAAUCAAUAUGAUGUAAAUUCAAUGUAUAUAUUUGAAAUGAUAAAAAAAGAUGCAUCAUGGCCAAUUGUACCAACAACAAUAGAAGGAAAUUCUUCAAAGAAAAGUCUUCAAUAUACAAGAUAUUUACGUUAUAAUCCACAUAGAAUUUACAUACAUUAUAAUUUAAAAUAUGCGCAAAAAAAUAGAUUAAAAGUAACAUUAAUAAAUAUAUCACCAAAUACGCUUAUUUAUGAAAGAAAUAUACAUAUAACAGGAAAAGAAAUGUUUAGUGAAUAG